AUGGUAAAACCAAAACAAAAUAUAGAUCCAGAGGAAGCUGUUGUAAGACACACUCCACAUGAUAUAAAAUGUAAGGCAAGACGUGUUUUGCUGUCACAGAAGCUGAGAGCACAGAGAAAGAAGGCAAAGGAGUCUGGUCGUAAAGAGAGACAAAAAGAGAGACAAAAGUUGGGUGAAGACGGACCCGCAGCACAACAACCACGUACUAUAGAGUCGAUGAGAGUUGCCGAUGACACCAUCGUCGACGAAGAGGAUCCAGAGUAUCAAGACGAGAUCGAACUCGAUGAGUUCUCAAAGUACUUUGAAGGCAAAGAGCCAAAGACUUGCAUCACCACCAACGAGAAGCCCGGAGGAAAAGCUGUGGGUUUCGCCAAGCUAUUCCCACGUAUCCUUCCCAACGCAGAGUAUUUCCCAAGACAACACUUUGAGCUUUCAGAGAUUGUAAAGUUUUGUAAGAACAGAGAUUACACUGAUUUAAUUGUUGUAAAUGAAGAUAAAGGUGAAGUUAAUACUUUAAUGAUUUGUCAUUUACCGGAUGGACCAACAGCAUUGUUUAAGGUGACGAGUAUAACUAUGCCAGAUAAGAUACCGGGUGGUGGUGAGAUGACCAAUCACAAGGCAGAGUUGAUUGUUAAUAAUUUUACGACUAGACUGGGACACACCAUCGGCAGAAUGUUUGCAUCGCUGUUUCCACAGGAACCAAACUUUAGAGGUAGACGUGUAUGCACACUUCAUAAUCAACGUGAUUUCAUUUUCUUUAGACAACAUCGUUAUAUGUUUGAAUCAAAGUCAAAGGCAAAUCUACAGGAAUUAGGUCCACGUUUCACUCUUAAACUCAUGUCAUUACAGCAUGGUACUUUCGAUACUAAAUCCGGUGAAUAUAUACAUUUACAUAAAGCUGGAAUGGAUGUCGAUAGAAAGAAAUUCGUACUUUAA